AAAUAUAGAAAUAGAAAAGUGUUAAUAAAACAAACCAUCUACAUUUAUAAUUGUCAUUUCAAUUAAUUAACAAUCUUUUGACGCGUUCACUCAAUAAAUUGGUGAAAAUUAUGGCGAUUGGAAAUUUAUAAAACCGGUCCCCCGCUACUGAGUAGGUUAUAGCGAGAGACAAGUGUGUCAAAGAAAAAGUAUUUCAUAUAAAGUACGUAUUUGAUUGUAAAUGAAUAAGGAUGGAUUCUUGUGAUAAUACUGAAUUAUUUUUUGAUCAAGCUUGUAUAACAUUAAAAAGUUUAUUAAAAUUUGACACAUGGCUAUAUUCCUUAUCAUACGAUUGCAAUGAGUGUCCAUAUACACGUUUGAAAAGAAUUUCAGCGAAUUCGAACUCUAGCAUUAAAAUAAAUACAGCUGAACGCUAUAAAUGGAGAAUUUUAAAAAAUAAUGGAUCUGAGGAGUUUGAAUCAGCAGCAAUUUCAAGAGAUCUGUUAUGUAAAUUUGAACCCAAUGUGGGGCAAUUUGGACAUUAUGAUUUAAUAAUUAAUGACACGAAUUGUGUUUUUCAAUCCAUAAAAGACCCCAUAAAUCCAUAUAUAUCACUUGCUAUAGCAAUUGGAAUUGUUAUAAGCCUUCUUUUCGGUUUAUCGAUACUGAACUACUUAAUAAAAACUUUGCUAAGAUUCAUUCAUAAGUCGGAGGCAGCAAAUACACAAGAAAAAGUGAAAAGAAAAAGCCGUGUUAGAGCUAUUGAUACAGUUAGAGGGAUCAGCAUACUUUUUAUGAUAUUUGUAAACAAUGGAGCUGCGGGUUAUCCUCUUUUGGAACAUGCAACAUGGAAUGGUCUACGAAUAGGCGAUCUUGUAUUUCCCUGCUUCCUCUGGAUUAUGGGUGUCUGUAUACCUCUCUCUCUAUUCUCUCAACUUUCUCGCAAUGUCUCGAGAUUCACAAUUUGUCUAUCGAUCGUAAAGCGUAGCAUCUGGUUGUUCCUGAUUGGAAUAUCUUUAAAUACUCUUGUCACUGGAUCACAACUAGAAGACAUUAGAAUUUUUGGAGUACUCCAAAGAUUCGGCGUUGCCUAUUUAGUUAGCGGUUGCUUAUACGCCCUUCUAUCUUCAAGAACAAAGGAUGAGAGGAUUAUUUUUAAAAACUUUGCUGAUAUUGUAUCAUUAUGGCUGCAAUGGAUUAUUGUCCUGGGUAUUGUAGUUCUUCACUGCUUGAUUACUUUUAGACUUGAUAUUCCCGAAUGUCCCAGGGGUUAUUUAGGUCCUGGUGGACGGCAUGCUGAUGGUAAGUACAUGAAUUGCACUGGUGGUUCAGCGGGAUAUAUUGACAGAAUACUACUGGGCGUGAAUCAUAUUUUCCAAUGGCCAGCGAUACGUUCUGUAUACGGAUCCGAGGCUUUUGAUCCUGAAGGGACACUAGGUUGCCUGACAUCUAUCUUUCAAGUAUUCCUAGGAAUUCAAUCCGGAUCGACUAUACUUUAUUACCACGAUUGGAAGCAAAGAAUCCCAAGAUGGAUUACAUGGGCAUUAUUUCUUAGUGUCCUGGGAUACAUUCUCCAUUCGCAGAAUAUCAUUCCAAUAAAUAAAAGUUUGUGGUCACUUUCUUUCGUAUUUGUCACGACGUCCUUCUCACUAUUUUUACUCUGCAUAUGCUAUCUUCUGGUCGACGUUGUUAAAAUUUGGAAAGGAGGACCCUUCCGCAUUCCUGGCAUGAACGCUCUAGUCAUGUACAUCGGACAUAUGGUUUGUUAUCAAAUUUUCCCAUUCCAUUGGAAAAUUGGAAAGAUGAAAACACAUGAAUUGCUAUUAGCCGAAACAUUAUGGUGCGUGUGUUUGUGGAUUGUCAUUGCAUAUGUGCUACACAAACGAAAAAUAUUUAUAACCUUAUAAAACACGAUAUUAAUCUGCGAUUAUAAAAGUGAUGUUUGAAACAAAAUAAGAUUUCUGAACACACGCGUAAUUGUGUCAUUUGUCUAUUCUUCAUACUUGGAAAUAAAUAUAGGAAAAAUAUCAUUAAUAUAAAUAGUUUUACAUGUACCAACCAUUCUUUUAAAUAAAUAAAACUAGAUGCA